AUGUCGCCUAAGAAUGUGUCACUGCAAGUGGGUUUAGUGAAGCGUAAUCAUCUCCGCCACCGGUACCGGGUGCCAUUUGCACAGCUCCUGACCUACAAUCUGCCACCUUUCUCCUACUCCGCUUGUCAAUUGGUCACUGCCAAACAUAAUAAUCAAUAUGUAGGAAAACUGGGUUUCGAAAAGGAGAUGUCUAAGUGGACCAAAUUGGGCUAUAAGAAGUGGGUAGGUUUGAAGCAGGCCACCUUUCUUGUCUUUGUGUUUUGGGGAAUUAUUGUAAAGGAUGAUGUCCAUCACAUAACAGACGAAGGCUCAGCAAGGAUUCGACGGGCUCGCAAGAUGGUGCACCAAGGACAUAUUCGCACAAAUCUACAAUGUGUCCAAGGCAAUCUCAAUGCAGAUUUUGGUGAGACCAAAUUACGAAUCCCUUCCAUUCGCCUCUUCAAACGAAAUAAAAAGUACUCCAACAUAAAAAUCACCGUCUGGACGUCAAAAAGCCUGCAAUUCCUGUCCCCGAUUAGACAGAUGAUGCCCAUGCCAGUGACUGGGAAUCUUCCUCUCCCUAGGCUUUAA